CGAGAGCGGGCGGCGGCGGCGAGCGGCGGCGGGGCCGGCACGGGCACAGCGGCGGCGGCGCCAUGAGGCCCGGGCAGGGGCACCGAGAUGUGCAGAGGAGUGAAUGCCCCAUGUUGUGUUAGUGCCUGUCUGCCAUGCUGGCCUGUCUGCCAGGACCAGGUGACCUCUCCUUUCAGCUUCUUUCUUACACGCAGAUGAACACUGGACUUCAGAAAUGGGACACUACACAGAAAAUGAGAUCUGCACAGUAUCCUACCCCAGCAGAAUUGGAUGCUUAUGCUAAGAAGGUCGCCAACAAUCCACUGACUAUAAAAAUUUUUCCAAACAGUGUCAAGGUUCCCCAGAGGAAACAUAUACGCCGUACUGUGAACGGACUUGAUACUUCGGGUCAGAGGUACAGUCCUUACCCGUCUCAGGCCACCACGAAGACAGGCCUCCUGGCGAUAGUCAAAUCUCCAGCAAAAGGAAUUAUCAAAGACUUUGACGGAACACGCACACGUCUGCUGCCGGAAGCGAUGAUGAAUCCCCCUUCCACACCAUACGUUGCACCUAGCACUUUAACCCACCCCCAGGCGCUUGCUCGCCAGCAGGCUCUCCAGCAUGCACAGACUUUGCCGCACCCCCAGAGUAUACCACAGCCACAGACUUUGCAGCACCCUCAGGGUAUACCACAGCCACAAAGCUUACCGCACCCUCAGGGGAUACCGCAGGCGCUGCCGCACCCUCAGAAUAUGCAGCAGCCGCAAGGCUUGCAGCAUCCUCAGACCAUGGCACACCAGACUCUGCAGCACCCUCCGAAUCCUUUGCUGCAGCCAGGUUUACAUGGAAGCAGAAAGAUGCCGGAUGCAGAUGCGCCGCCGAAUGUGACCGUGUCUACCUCAACCAUUCCCCUCUCUAUGGCUGCCACCCUGCAGCAGAACCAGCCACCGGACCUGAGCAGCAUUGUGCACCAGAUUAACCAGUUCUGCCAGGCCAGAGCUGGCAUUAGCACUACCUCAGUAUGUGAGGGACAGAUUGCAAACCCCAGUCCUAUAAGUCGCAACCUGCUUAUCAAUGCAAGUACCAGGGUAUCUACUCACAAUGUCCCUACACCCAUGCCUUCCUGUGUAGUAAACCCUGUAGAUCAUGCUGCUGCUGCUGCUAUUCCUUCUGCCUCUGUUAAUGUGCCCAUGGUGAAUAUUAACAGGGUGCCGUCUGCAUACCAGAAUGAAAUCAAAUCGGUUGCAUGGAACCAGCAUCAGCUUGCACAUCUGCAGCAAAUGUGUGGGGAUGUUGCUGGGCCUGCUGGACUUGCAGGGAAGCACCCUCAGAGAGAGAUUGCAGGGCAGAGUUUUCCUGGCAAAACAAACUACCCUCAAGAACUGUGCAUGGGCCAGUCAUUCAACUUGAAGCCCCCCAUUGAGAAGCCUACACCUUCUCCACCUGUGAAUGGAUUGCAGGGACCCUUGCCAUAUACUAAUGGGCACUAUUUCCAGCCCAUAUGGAAUAACAUUCUGCCCACACCGAACAGUGACAGCUCUGGGUCCCAGGACCUUGCCAUGCCUUUCCACGGCGGACAGCCAACAGGAGCGCCACUAGAUUGUGCAGGAGGAACUCAUUACAGAGCUGGAGCCGGUCCAUCCAGCCAGAAUAAUGUGAUGCAGACCAUGGAUUACCUAAGCGGGGACUUCCAGCAGUCUUGCUUCAGAGAUCAGAGCAUGGCCGUGCUGGGAAAAGUCCAUCGGCCUCCCAUGAACCGAGCACCUGAACCAACUGAUAGUCGAAAUCUUCAUAUUCAACACCCAGGGUAUAGAUAGGCUGCAGUCACUUUCACAGACAAAAUUAUAGGUUUAGUCUUAAUUUUAAUUAAUAAGCAAGGCAUUUUUAACUUGCAAACUUGUGUGAUCAUUAUAGUAACCAUUGGAAGAAGACAUACUGUAUAUUUCAGAGCUUUGCUUACAUGUUAUCUAUCUCCUUUAUGCAUCAAAUAUUUAACAUGCCUUUUGUUUCAAAGAAUUUCAUUACACUACUUCACACCACAGCUGUUUCCUCACCGCAGAACCCCCUUUGUGCAGCUUUUGCCUUCUGCUUAGUAACUACUUGCUGGACUGAUGCUAAGUUGCUGCAGGGUUUCACAGUUGCAUCUGUUUGCCAGCUCCUUAAAGAGCUGAUAGGUAGCAUAGCUGCUUAAAUUUCCAUCUCAAUUUCCUCUGAAGAUUAAGAGCAACAGAAUUUGUCAGGAAGCAGGGCUUAUUUUCAACUCAAAAGCCCAUUUCAUUAAUGCAUUAAACAUUGACCAUUUGCACUGUCUAGAGGCCUAUUUAAUUGAAAAAAAAGCCUACAUUUGAAAAGAGCUAGCUAGGGGUAUAUAUUUAGGCAUUAAUAUAGGAAGAAGCUUUUCUGCUAUUUCUUGCAGAGAUGUCUGCAUUUAUCGUUUAGACUUUGUCCAAAGUCAAAAGUCUCUGGCAGAUACUUCUGACACUUUUUUGCGAACAGGGUAUGGGGGGGAGGGGGGAAUGGCAGUUUUAGGAUGUAGGCAGUAUAACUGCCAUAGGUAGCUGCCUUUUUCAGCAUUGUACUUCCCUUCCCCGCUCCCCUUUCGCCGGUGUAAAAGCUAACUUUGUCUGAACCUCUUGCUGCUACGAGUCUGGCCUUCCUGAUGUGAAGUGCUGUUCUGCGGUUUUACUGUGGGAAUCCAGACCCACUGACAACUCCAAAAAGGGUUCAGUUGCUUCUCCAGUAGCUAGAAUUAAUUUCAGGGUGAGGAGACAUAACUAGAAGCUUGUCUCUGGUGCAAUGAAAGGACACGCGGAGUGACGUGGCUUAUCACAUUCCAGUAGCAGCACUGAUGGAAUGGACGGUGUUUGAUCUGAAGUGAAGCUCCAGCCGUGAGACGCUGUGGGACUUAGUCCCAUAUUCUUCUACAUUAAAACGCCACAGUAGAUUUAAUGAAACGAUUCUCUUCUCUGGGAAUUAGUGAAGCUAUUUAUAACAUACCUUUUUCCCAGAGUCUUGGUGCCUAACUAUUUCUAUUCCUUUCUCAUGUCACUUACAGCAGCUAGUUGAGUCGGUGACCAGUAGGACACUAACUAUUGGAUAACCUCAGCGUCUUGUUUUCUUCAGCGUAUUGAAACAUACUUUUCCUUUUCAAUAGCCGAAUUUGUUGUAAGUAGAAAAUUUCUCAUCUCUGUUAAUGAGACUAAUACUUGAACAUAAUGAUCACAAUCAAGUUUGGAAAUUAAAAAAAUAAAUGCAUUGAUUCUUUAUAUGUACACUGGCUAAAACUAUUGCUCUACACUGUAACUUUUAAGUGUAAUAUUUCUGUAUGAAUGUCGCCUGGUAGUGUGGGUUUGAGUAGCAUUGUGUAUGGGUGAACCCACUGGCCUCUGCCAUUCACUGGCCUCCCUCACAGCCCUUGGAAAAACAAAGCCUUAAGUAUUUGCUCCUUGAACUUUCCUUAAUGAGCAUGGUUUAAAAUCUUAAGACAUCAUACAAAAUUAAAAAAAAAAAAAAACUUAUACAAGUUUUGAAGUGACGUCAUAGUUGGCUAGAGAUUCUUAAAAUUUUUCGUAAAUGGAAAAAUUAGAAAACAUUUAUUUGUAUUUUUUUAAUUUAGACGUGUAGUUCUGGGCUGUAACAAAUAUUUAGGUUUCAAAGCUUAGCAGAGUACGUUUUCUGAUUCCUUGCGUAAGUUAGUACACUUAAUCAUGUCAUUAUUUAAAUUCUUUUAAGUGUACUAUAAACCGUUCUUUAGUGAUAACUCUUUAGCAAAGUUAAGCAAUUUAACUAAAGACGGAUUAAAUUAUGUGUUGGCUUGUGUUGCCUUAUAUUUAAAAAGGAAGAAAUGCCUGAUUGUGUUAUGCCAAAUGAUAGCAACAUGAAGUCCUAAUUUAUUGUUUAUAAUCGUAUUCCUGCAGUCUUUGUGAAAACUGGUAAAUAUACAUCUAUGAAAGAACUAAAAUCCUGAGGCUUUUCAUGCAAUAUUUUUCUGAAUACGUUAUAUUGGAAGCCAAGGCUCAAGUCUGAAGCUGCUUCCCAUACAGUCUCCCUAUUGUCUUACCUGUCCUACUCCCCAAAUUGGUCUAGGGCUGUGCUAUGACUUUACCAUGUCCUGCUAAGUUAGUUACUGUAAGGUGUUCUGCUAUCUGAAUACAUACCUUUUACUAAAUAAAAUAUUGGCAUCUCCUCUGUUCAUUAGCCUGCUACAAAUAUGAACCCAGACUGUUAUUUAAAACUAAUUAUCCUACUCUUCCCCUAAGAGGGAGACCGAAUAAAACCCCGUGUUGUGGUUAUUUGACAAAGUGAUUUCAAUGCCUAAGUUAUAGUAAUGUUACUGUUAGCGAUGGAAGUAUGCUGUGAAUUGUUACGAAUUGUUCUGCACUGGCAGGUGCAGAUAGAAUCACGACCUCUGAGACUUUGCCCUGGUACAGCAGGACUGGGAAGCAAAAAUAUUCCUAAGACUCAUUCAGGUAGGAUUUUGCCAUUAGCGUGCUUGAAAAAUAGGAAUCAUUUUACUAUUAAAAUGUAUUAAAAUACAUCCUUUUUUGUUCUAGGACUGAGAUUUUUCUUUAUAUGCAACCUUUUUCAUUUCUUCUGUGGCCUAUUGCUAAUAGCUUCUUCCUUCUAAGCAAUUAGAUCUUCUCAAAGAGAAAUAUUAAUAUUUACUUGCCUGAUUUCUAGCUACAACUUUUGAAUGCAAACAGUCAAUCCGCUACUCGCAGUAGAAGCCCAACUUGAGGCUCCUCUGUGGAUGCACAGCCAAGCAUGCACCAUUGCUUAGCAUGGUGUCAAAGGGAAGAGCGUAUGAGGCUUAAGCCAGAGGCCAGUAGUACCUUUCCAUCUGAUGUUGCUGUAGAAUGGUGCACGUGUGUGUUUAGGAGGUGUGCUCUUUUAGAAAUGUUUGUCCAUGUUCCUUCAGUUUUUCAUGCUCUGGCAGAGUAUUCCUUGUAGAAAGACAAGUAACUUGUUCUAAGGCAAAUAAUAUACUUGGUUCAUGCAAUACUGAAUGCGAUGACAGCUUCCCGGGUCAACAGAGCGCAGAGUAGCACGUGUUUGCUGGUGGCCAGUUUGUGAACUUCCUGGGCUUUCCCCUGGGACGAUGAUGCAGAUGGUCGCCUUCCUCUGGAGCUUACACCACUGUUCCCAUUGCAGCUGUCAGCUUACCUUUUGUUGUUUUUUUGGGGGGGGGGGUUGAUUAGGGUUUUUUGGGGUUUUUUAUUGUUAUUUUUUAAUUCCACUGAAGGGUCAGUCAUUCCAUAACUUCCAAUUCAAGCACAGUGUUUUUCUUUCCCUGAUCGUAUGUGGAUCCUGGAUAUUUGCUGGUGACAGUUCUGUUCUUUGAGGAAAGUGUAAGGUAUUUUCAGAUGUUUUUCUCGACCAGUUCUGAACUAUUUAUGCUGUGUCAUCAGCACUGUGAUCUGUUCUUGUUACAGUACCAGGCUGGUACAGCAGAAUAUCAUUAUUUGUGAUGGUUUGUAGCAACUCUGUUGCCAGCUGGAGGUUGACAUUAAGUAGAUGCUAAAGGGAUAAACGCAAAAGUGGUGUAAACCCUACCAAAGGAAGCUUCCAUCUCUAACAUGUCUUUUCUUUUAAGCAGAAGCUUUGAAGCUGUUAAAUCGCAAGCCCAGUUUGUUACAGCCCAAAGUUAACAUUUUAUAAAGACGCUUGUGAAUUUUCUUUCUUUAAACUUAUGAUGUGAAAGAUGUCUCCGUGGGACUCGGCCACUCCCGUAGAAACCAAACAGAAAUGUUUGCUGGGGUUCACUGUGGAGAGAACUGGGAAUUGCUGCUGUAUUUCAUUAAACCACAUACUGAUUAUAUACGCUGCUUCUUAUGUGCUACGGGUAUGAACUAGAUUUCUUUUUUUUUGGGGGGGGGGGGUCUGCAGGAAAAAUAAAGCAAAAAAAAAAAAGAGAGAGAGAGAGAGAGACUUGGUCCCUCUGCCCCUUCUGCUGUUUUUAUGCAGUGUGAAUGAAUGAGGCUUGCUUGGCCUGUAGUAAUCGAUACAUGAAGCCAAAGGGCUGUAGAGAAUGGGUGUUCUUGGCUGGAAGCUGGACACUUGCCAUAAAGGGAGUUUGGGGACGGGUCUCUAAGGGUUUCUGGGGUGUGAAAUGUGUAGGGCACAUUUCCUGUAGCCAGGAUGCCUUUGUCCUGUAAGAGCACCAAGGUCUGGAAAAACGUAGUAUCAUAUAAAAAAUUGUAGCCAAAAAAGUGCUGAAAUAAUUAUUCAAGAGCUCAGUAGGAGGAGGAUUCGAGGAGAUGAUUUAAAGGCCUGUCAAGGUGAACUUUGAGACAUCUUGGACAGACAGAAAUAAACCUCUUUGAAAAGACAAA